CGGAGAACGCGGCCGCCACAGGCUGAAUUACGUGCGCAGUCCUGCCGUGAGUCACACAUCACCACGGCAACCGGCGUUCACACCGAGCCCCCGACAGCAUCACUGAGGUCCGAUCCCAUCCACCGGCGACCGAAGAGCGCACAGAACCACAAUUUGUCUCGGCAUUUUACAGCCAUGGUGAAGCUGGGCAGCAAUCUUUCUGAUAAGCUGGAGAAGCAGCCAUCUGCAGACGAUGGCUUUGAUAACAUCCCCCUCAUCACACCCCUGGAGGUCAGUCAGCUGCAACAGUCAUUCGCAGACAAGGUCAUUGUGAAGACGUCGACACAGUACCAGCUGCAGCAAAAAAAGAACAAGCUGCAUGUGCCGAACAUCAAGAAGCUGAAUAUCAAGUUCUACAAUGAUGUUUCAGAGAAAGUUAAGAUCACUGGUCUGAUCCUCAUCACUUUGGCCUUCCUGACCAGCCUGCUCCUUCUGCUCAUGUACAAAGCCAUGUGGUACGACCAGCUUACCUGCCCAGAGGGUUUCAUCCUUAAGAAGCACUGCACCCCGGCAGCUCUGGAGAUGUACUACACAGAGCAACAACAGCAGCAGGACCCGGGCGUCCAUGGCGUCGCCAGCACCGGGUUGUAUGCUGCUCUCAGCAGCCUAAACCAGCGCAAGGGGACCGGGCCAGAGCUACCAUCACCAUGAUUACCAGUCAUCAGUGCUCUGAAGGAGGCUGAGGUGGCCAAACAGGGCAGUGAACAACUAAAAGGAGUGCUGGAGGAAGAGGAGUGAAGGCUCUGAUGGAAAUGCAGGUGUAUGGGGAGGAAAUAAUGAUGGGCAGGUAGUGUAGGGUAUUUUUGGCUCUGUGUGUGUGUGUGUGUGUGUGUGUGUGUGUUCUUCAGGAGUUUUUUUUUCCUUCUCCCAGACAGUCAGUUGACUCUUUUACCUAAACUGGUGCUCUUAAAUGUGUCCUAAUAUCUGCCAAAAUUUUUAAUCAGCAACGUAAACCUAAAAUUCUGCUGAGCUUCAGUCCAGUUAUAUUCCUUUAAUAUUUAAUAUAAGCUAAUACCCAACUCUGUGUGUGUGUGCACGUGUGCCUGGUAUUACUCACACUGUGGGAACCAAAAUCUAUUUACACACUCACAGGUUAGCGUAAGUCUCCAGGAAAUGAAUAAGUCAAUGUAAAGUCCUCUUGAGGAAUGAAAACAAACGUGUGUGUGUGCUUGGGGUGGGGUGGGGUGAGGGGGGAGGGUUUAGUUGCUGAGGUCAGCGACAGGAAUGUUAUUAAAGUGUUGAUGAAUCUGCCUGACUUUUACAGUGUUACUGAAUCAUGAGUAAACGCCACUAUCUGUAUUUGCUCCUUGUGUAUAUUCACUGUAAAUGCUUACAUACUAUAGGUACUGUAUGAGCAUAUAUGUACUAUAUUGUAUGCAUAUUUGCAUUCAAGGGCAGUGAAUGUGUGUGUAUGCAUACAAUAUCUGUAUGAUUUGUACUUGUCUGAGAAAGCUGGAGGUGAGAGAGGGGAGGAGAAGUGAGGGCUCAAAGUGAGAAGUGAAGAUAACAUGUUUUUAAUGAGA